AUGUCGAUCUCCUGGGCUCUGUCGUACCCUGUCACGAGCCUCCUCGUCGCAUACCUUGCCUAUCUCGGGGGAUUGGUCGUCUACCGGCUUUACUUCCACCCUUUGGCGAAAUUCCCGGGACCCAGAUAUGCGGCAAUCAGCAGAUGGCAUGAGUUCUACUAUGAGGUAGUGAAAAAAGGACAAUUCACCUUCAAAGUCCAGGAAUAUCACAAGCGAUAUGGACCAAUCGUCCGUAUCGUCCCAGAUGAAAUUCACAUCCAAGAUUCACAGUUCUAUGACACGCUGUACGCGAAAGCUGGUCGAGUCGAUAAAUAUGAUUGGAUGGCAGGCCGCUUUGGCUGUGACACAUCGGUGUUCACGACCGGGCCUGACGAGUUGCAUCGAAUCCGGCGGGGUGCGCUCAACCCUUUGUUCUCCCGUGCUCGGAUUGUCGACCUGCAGACCAUUAUCCGGCAGAAAAUCAACCUUCUUCUCGAACGAAUUCGUGAGUUUCGGGACGAGGAGAAAGUUUUGCCCAUCAAUCGCGCUUUUAUGGCUCUGACCGGCGAUGUUGUGAUGGAAUAUUGCUUCUCAAUGGCAUAUGAUCACUUGAAACUGCCCAAUUUCGAGAAGACGCUACACGAGCCGUUUAUGGCAGCGAGUAUCAGCGGGCAUCUCUCGCUUCAGUGUCCUUGGGUACCCAAAUUGCUAUUUUCGCUGCCGGAAUCCGUGCUCGUCAAGAUCGAGCCGCUGUACGCACUGGUUUUCCGAAUGCAAGCUGAUUUCCGCAAGCAGAUCACAGCCAUGAAAGAGGGCAAAAUGGAUGACUUGAUGAAGAAGGCCGGCCAUCCGACUGUCUUCCAAGAACUCAUCUCUGGUAGUAUGCCGGCGUCAGAGAAAGAGACCCUCCGCCUACAGGACGAAGCACAACUCGUCGUCGCCGCGGGUGUGACAACCACAGGCUGGGCCCUGACAACAGCAACAUUCCACUUAGUCAAUAAUCCAAACACUUUGGCUAAGCUUCGCGCUGAGUUGGAGUCCGCCAUUCCCGACCCGACCGCUCCGCUGUCCUGGACCGAGCUUGAGAAGCUGCCCUACCUGACCGGCUGCGUGCGGGAGGCUGUUAGACUGUCCUACGCCGUAACCACACGCAAUCCGCGGCUGUUUAACAAGCCUCUCGCUUACCAUAAUUGGGUGAUCCCGCCGCGUACGCCAGUGUCGAUGACCAUCGUCGACGUGAAUGACGAUGAGGACAUCUUUCCACACCCGCGCGAGUUCAAGCCCGAGAGAUGGAUCAAUCCGCCCAAGACGAAGGAUGGCAGUAGCCUCGAGAGAUAUUUUGUCGGGUUUGGGAAGGGGAGUAGGAGUUGCUUGGGGAUCAAUCUCGCCCACGCCGAACUCUACAUGACCCUCGCCGCCGUCUUCCGCAACUUCCGCUUCGAGCUAUAUGACACGGACAUUACGGACGUCGAGCUCGCGCACGAUUUCUUCCUGCCCAGUCCAAAGCUAGACAGCAAAGGUGUCAGGGUCAAGGUGCUGAAGCAGGAGUAG